AUGGAGAAAAUUGAGUAUGGAAUGGGUAUGGAUGAUGAGUCCCCGGGAACCUCUGCACCACCAGCCCUCCGUGGGGCCCAUAGCACCAUCUGCUCGCCACCUAGGGUAGUGCUUGCUCUCCACACAGCCGUGUCAUCGGCCCCCCGUGUGGGGCUGGUGACCGGGGCCAGCAAGGGCAUUGGUUUCGCCAUCGCGCGCGACCUGUGCUGGCAGUUCUCCAGGGACGUGGUGCUCACGGCGCGGGACGAAGCGCGGGGCCACGCAGCCGUGCAGCAGCUCCAGGCCGAGGGCCUGAAUCCCCGCUUCCACCUGCUGGACAUCGACGACCUGCAGAGCAUCUGCGCCCUGCGCGACUUCCUGCGCAAGGAGUACGGAGGACUGGACGUGCUGGUCAACAACGCGGGCAUCGCAUUCAAGGCUGGUGAUCCCAAACCGUUUCAUAUUCAAGCAGAAGUGACCAUGAAAACAAACUUCUUUGGUACCCGAGAUGUGUGCACAGAACUGUUGCCUCUAAUGAAACCCCAAGAUGAGCCUGGCAGAGCGGUGAAUGUGUCUAGCAUAAUAAGCCUCAUAGCCCUUAAAAAGUGCAGCCCAGAACUGCAGCAGAAGUUUAGAAGCGAGGCCAUCAUAGAGGAGGAGCUGGGGCUCAUGAACAAGUUCGUGGAAGACACAAAGAAAGGCAUGCACAGGAAGGAGGGCUGGCCUGAUACUGCCUAUGGAGUGACAAAAAUCGGUGUCACGGUCCUGUCCAGAAUCCAUGCGAGGAACCUGAGAGACCUACAUCCCCUCCCCUUCCCCUAUGAAGAUGGCAUUUAA